AGAAAAAAAAUUGUGUGAGAAAAAAUAUUUAAAAAAAAAGAAAAAAGAUCCUGUGGCAGAAGACGUAGUGAAAUUUGUAUUUCUUUGAUAAAAUUUAAGUGAAAACUAUCUGUGAUUUUAAACAAGUACCUAAUAAUUUAAACUUAUUUAACAAGCAAUUAAAUAUUUAAAUAUUGUAAAUUAACAAGGAAGAAAAAAAUACAAAAUUAUCAAUUAAAUUGAUAAAGCUAAUUUGUUAUAUUUAAAACACAUCAAUUAAGUGAUUAUCCUGUGACCUCUAAUUAUAAUAAAAUAGUUUAUUUUUUUUACUGAAAGAAUUUCUCAAUAAAAUCAUCAAAUAAGAUUCCUGCAAACAUGAAACUUUCAGUAUCCUUCUUCUUGGUUGUCAUCUGUACGAUGUGUUUGGCUGCCCAACAAAGUCAGGCUAAAAAGGGCUGUAAUGCAUAUGGUUAUGCCUGCUAUGGUGGUCAUGGCAAACGUUCAUUGCAUACACAACAGGGCGAUGCAACAGGUAUGGAACUAAAUAAUUUACAAGAACGUCCGGAUACUGUGGUGCAAUUUUAUCCCAGUGAAGCAAAUGUGUUAAUAGAUGGUAACCUGGAGGCAAUACCAAGAUACAAAUUAAUUAAAAUGAUGAAAUCAUGGUUUGGCCAUCGAAGACCAGCUGCUGAACGCAUACCCGAAAUUGACUAUCCAUUUUCAGCUGAAUUCCUAAAUCACGACAGUAAUCCAGCAACUAAUAACAAUUCCUAUAAAUAAAUUGCAAAUCCUAAAAACAAUUUAAUGAAAACUAAACUUAUCAAGGAAUUUCACAGUCAUAAAAUUAAAAGACAUGCAAAACAUUUUUAUUUUUAUUAUUUAGUUUUAAUUUAGAAGGUGAAAUUCUGAAAAUAAGAUUAACUAACACAAAACGCUUAAUAUUAUAUUUUAUUUUGAGAUUCAUUUCCUGUAUAAAACCAAGUGAAAAACGUUACUAAAAAUAUAAUAUGUAAAUAAAAAUACAAAAAUAAAUACUAUCGAUGAAAAGCAAAAUAUAAAAUA